CCUCCUCUAUAUUCGUGACGUCAGCGCCACUCCUCCGCCGCCGCCACCACUAUAUAAGCGGGCCGAUAGGCAGAGCAGCCACCAGUCCCCGACGAACCUCAGCCCCCGACAUGGCCCUCAAGCUCGUCCUCCUGUCCGCCCUCUUGGCCGUCGCCCUCGCUGACACGGCUCCCUACAGACCACCCCCUCCUCCUCCUCCGACAUACAGCGCCCCUGCGCCAUCCUACAACGCACCUCAGCCAGUGAGUCCCCCCAAGUAUGACUUCAGCUGGAAAGUCAAGGACGACUAUUCCGGCAACGACUACGGCCACCAGGAGGGCCGCGACGGCUACGACACACAGGGAUCCUACUACGUGCAGCUGCCCGACGGCCGCCUGCAGGAGGUCACCUACACAGUUAACGGCGACUCAGGAUUCGUGGCCCAGGUCAACUACCAGGGAGAAGCCCAGUACCCAACACAACAGGGCUACGGCUCCGCCCCGUCCUACCAGGCCCCUGCCCCGUCCUACCAGCAGCCCCGUCCGUCCUAUGCGUAAUGCUCACCACUUGUGAAGGACAAGUCUUCCUGUCUUUGUAAAUACUCCACUGUACCAGUGCGUACCUGCUUCUCUGAAGGUAAUAAACCCAUGCGAUGAAAAAAAGAAAA